GUGCGGAGGGGUUUAGAUCUGAAUAAUUGAGAAGCGAUUCAGCAGCAGCCGCUGCCUCCCGUCUUCCUUUACCACCAUCACCGUUCCCAUCUCAGCUCUAAGUGCAGAUCGCCGGCCAUCAGCGUCCAGGUCAUCACCUCCAGCCCCUCUGACGUUCAUGUUCAAGUCAAGACGGCUUUGGGUCCCAGUGGGCCUUUCUUAAAAGGACACACACUCAUUGCUCCAUGAGUUCAAGGGCCAUCCACUAAGGCUUCUUUCUGUAUUCGUUUUCCAUCGUCAAACCUUCACCGCAACCCUACCUUUCGCGAUGAGUGGCUUUCUGGCCUCCGUGGACCCCCGGCGGGUGCAGUGGGGGGCUGCCUGGUACGCAAUGCACUCUCGGAUCCUGCGCACCAAGCCAGUGGAGUCCAUGCUAGAAGGAACCGGGACUACCACCGCGCAUGGCACCAAGCUAGCCCAAGUGCUCACCACUGUGGACCUCAUCUCUCUCGGAGUCGGCAGCUGCGUGGGCACUGGCAUGUAUGUGGUGUCUGGGCUGGUGGCCAAGGAAAUGGCAGGACCUGGCGUGAUAGUGUCCUUCAUCAUUGCUGCUGUUGCGUCCAUACUAUCAGGAGUGUGCUAUGCAGAGUUUGGAGUUCGAGUCCCCAAGACUACGGGAUCUGCCUACACCUACAGCUAUGUCACUGUUGGGGAAUUUGUGGCGUUUUUCAUUGGCUGGAACUUGAUCCUGGAGUACCUGAUUGGCACGGCAGCUGGCGCCAGUGCCCUGAGCAGCAUGUUUGACUCCCUAGCAAACCAUACCAUCAGCCACUGGAUGGUGGACACAGUGGGCACCCUCAACGGCCUGGGGAAAGGAGAGGAGUCCUACCCAGACCUUCUGGCUCUGGUGAUUGCUGUCAUCGUGACCGUAAUUGUGGCUCUGGGGGUGAAGAAUUCUGUGGGCUUCAACAACGUCCUCAACGUACUGAACCUGGCAGUGUGGGUGUUCAUCAUGAUUGGAGGCUUCUUCUUUGUCAAUGGCAAAUACUGGGCUGAGGGCCAGUUCUUGCCCCACGGCUGGUCAGGGGUGCUGCAAGGAGCAGCCACGUGUUUCUAUGCUUUCAUUGGCUUUGACAUCAUUGCCACCACUGGGGAAGAAGCCAAGAACCCCAACACAUCCAUCCCGUAUGCUAUCACCGCGUCCCUGGUCAUCUGCCUGACAGCGUAUGUGACUGUGAGCAUGAUCUUAACGCUAAUGGUGCCGUAUUACGCCAUCGACACAGAGUCCCCCCUCAUGGAGAUGUUUGUGGCCCAUGGCUUUUACGCUGCAAAGUUUGUUGUGGCUAUUGGAUCAGUGGCAGGACUGACAGUCAGCCUGCUGGGCUCCCUGUUCCCCAUGCCCAGAGUCAUUUAUGCCAUGGCUGGUGAUGGACUGCUUUUCAGGUUCCUGGCUCACGUGAGCUCCUACACAGAGACUCCAGUGGUAGCAUGCAUCGUGUCAGGGUUCCUGGCUGCUCUCCUCUCACUGCUGGUCAGUCUGAGGGACCUGAUAGAGAUGAUGUCCAUUGGCACACUCCUCGCCUACACCUUGGUCUCUGUCUGUGUCUUGCUCCUUCGAUACCAACCCGAGAGUGACAUCGAUGGCUUUGUCAAGUUCCUGUCUGAGGAGCACACCAAGAAGAAGGAAGGCAUCCUGGCUGACUGUGAGAAGGAGACCUGCUCCCCUGUGAGUGAAGGGGAGGAGUUCUCCAGCACUGCCACCAACACCUGUGGGGCCAAGAACCUGCCAUCGUUGGGGGACAAUGAGAUGCUCAUAGGGAAAUCAGAUAAGUCCACCUACAACGUAAGCCACCCCAACUACGGCACUGUGGACAUGACCACAGGCAUAGAAGCCGAUGAGUCAGAAAACAUCUAUCUCAUCAAGCUGAAGAAGCUGAUUGGACCCCGAUACUACACGAUGAGAAUCCGGCUGGGCCUUCCAGGCAAAAUGGACCGGCCCACAGCAGCAACAGGGCACACGGUGACCAUCUGCGUGCUCCUGCUCUUCAUCCUCAUGGUCAUCUUCUGCUCCUUCAUCAUCUUUGCCUCUGACUACAUCUCGGGCCGGAGCUGGUGGGCCAUCCUUCUGGUUGUUCUGAUGGUGCUGCUGAUCAGUGCGCUGGUGUUUGUAAUCCUGCAGCAGCCAGAGAACCCCAAGAAGCUGCCGUACAUGGCCCCCUGCCUCCCCUUUGUGCCUGCCUUUGCCAUGCUGGUGAAUAUCUAUCUCAUGCUCAAGCUCUCCACCAUCACAUGGAUCCGGUUUGCGGUUUGGUGCUUUGUGGGUCUGCUCAUUUAUUUCGGGUAUGGCAUCUGGAACAGCACCCUGGAAAUCAGCGCCAGAGAGCAGGCCCUGCACCAAAGCAUGUAUCAACGCUACGAUGUGGAUGAUCCUUUUUCUGUGGAGGAGGGAUUCUCCUAUGCCACUGAGGGCGAGAGCCAGGAGGACUGGGGCGGGCCAGCCGAGGACAAAGGCUUCUAUUACCAACAGAUGUCAGAGGCGAAGACAAACACCCGGACGAGUAGCAAAGCGAAAAGUAAAAGCAAGCACAAGCAGAACUCAGAGGCCCUGAUUGCAAACGAUGAGUUAGAUUGCUCUCCGGAGUAGGGCUGAACUGCAGGCGCCGAGAGGGUGGCUUCUCUGUGAAUCCAGCCUGUGUGCUGGCAGGUGGAACCUUCUUCCCACUCUCAUUUCACAAACUUCCCCAAAGGCCAUCCCCAGGCACAACCUGUCAUUUGCUAUUUUUGCUGUUCAGGAAAGUUCUAUUGAAGGGUUUUACCCAGGGCCCUUAAUUGACCCCCUUGUAAAAAAAAAAAAAAAUCAAAAUCAAAAGAAAUUCUAUGUUAGUGAGCUGUCCCAGCAGAGGACAGCAAAUGUUUCCUUUGCAGGAUGGAUCUUCGUGCUAAGAUCCGAGCAGGCUUUCCUCCAACCCUGCUGAGACUCCAGGCCCUUGGGAGAGGAGCCACAAAGGUGGCUGUGGUGUGAGGUGGCUCUAUAGCCCCCAGAGCAGAACUAGGAGCUGCUCCGCCAGGCCUGUAGGUCAGGCUGCUUCAGGACUUUCUCAGUCAGCAACACUGUGUCCUUAAAUCUCACCUCCCCAAGACUAUCCACAGAGAAGACCGGCUUCUCUUUACUCACCAAAGUUCUUACAGUUUCCAGACUAUAAGGUUAGGAUCCAGAAAAGACAGAAGACUCUGAGACCAUAUUCCCCGUAAAACAGACUCGUAGUAAUCAAAGUAUAGUAAGAAGUACCACCAAAUCUUUACUUAAAUGCUCAAGAAAAAGAAAGAAAGAAAGAAAGAAAGAAAGAAAGAAAGAAAGAAAGAAAGAAAGAAAGAAAGAAAAGUAACUUUAGUAACCAUCUCUCGAAUAGAGGUCAGGAAGGCAUUGGCAGAAAUGAACUGUCUGUCAUGUGUUCCCUUACACCAGACUCUAAGCUCCUGCAGGUCUGGGGAAAAGACAGAGGUCGAGUGUGAUUGCAGGCCUCUGAUAUGCCUGGAAAAAAUGGGCUAUUUGUUCUAUAAUCAGAUAAAAAUCUAUGUGAGGAGCAGUAACCCAGCCACUGAGAUCAUAUUGCAAAUCCUACUUUAUAUUUCUAAAAUUAUAAAAUCUGCAGGGUUUUUCCUCUUUGGCUAGGUUUUCCUCUUUGGCUGCCUGAAUGGAUGCUGCUGGUUUCCAGAGAUGUGGAAGACCAGGAACUUGGGUCAUCCAGCUCAGAGAGCUCUAAUUCCCACCUGGACUUCCCUCCUCUAGGCUUGCUCACUUUUAGAGUGGUUUUCAUCUUAGUUCCGAAAGCACCUUCCCUGAGGUCCAGAGAAAUGACUGUCUGGUGGGGGUUAAGCAUAGGCCUCCAAAGAGAUUCUUGAAGAAUUUUCUCCGAAACAGGAUAGAUGAAUUUACAACAGAAAACCAUGUGGCUUCAGUAGCAUGUGUGCAUAUGUGUAUGAACACAAACUUCUCUCGCUAAGAUUUCGGCGAGAAUUUUUUUGGAAAUGGGGCAAACGAGCAAAUUCCUUGCCCUCUGCUCCUCAAUUCAUCAUCCGCCAAAAAUUUUCAUGAAUAUCAACUAACAUCACUUCUUUCUUGCUUGCUCCGAGGUGCAUGUUUUCUUGGCAUGUACUUAGGUUACAGAGAGAAGGCAUGUUCCCUGUUGAGCUGACUGCCUAAAGUACACCAGCGGCUAAGUAGAGGCCAUGAGGAGAUCUGUAACCUCAGCCCUCCGAACCUAGGAGACGGCAGGGUCCCAUGACAGGUACAAGAAGCUUCAACGUAACAGAUAAACAUCAACUGAAACUAUUUUUUUAAUGAUGCUUUUAGAUCAGUUGCGUACCAUGCUCUCAGCCAGUGUCUGCCAGUGCACUAAAAUAAGUACAUUUUUUUACAUCUCGUUAUCACUCCAUAUUAACUAUGUAGAACCCAGCUUCCGGUACUCAUUCUUACCAGUUUUAUGUAAUGUCUGACAAAGCUGUUUCCUCUUGCCUAAACUUAACCAUCACAACGCAGUGCCUGGCCUGCAACGAACACCCUGGAGAACUCCCUGUAAGAUAAUUAGGAGUCAUGUCUGUCAAAACUAAGUUUUAAACUGGGGUAGGAUGCAGAAAACCUGCCUAGUAGAAACAGCUAUUAAGCUGGGUCCGCUUCUCAAUGUACGUGGUAAUGUUCUCUUCCUUAGAUAUGGUUAGGAGAAAUAUGGAUGCAACGUAACAAAUAUUAACGUGGGUGGAAAGUUACGUCUUCCUGGUGGUGUUUAGGGAUUAAAGUAGCAAUGGUCUGGUGGCAGGCGUGUGCUAUUUCUGUAGCAUAAGAAAGAGCAUGGGCUUUACGGUUGAUGUCGUUAGUGUUGAUUCUGUGCAGAGCCAAUGAAUUAUUCUCAUCUCGGAUGCCAUUUUUCUCAGUAGCUUUAGAUGUUUUUAAUCGUUGCUCUCUUCAUUUUUUUAAAAUUGUUGGGGUUAUCUUCUUAGCUAUCUUGGUUUUUAAAGUAUAUAUAUGUGUAUGUAUGUAUGUAUGCAUAGCUUGGAAAGUUUUCUCAGGUACGUAGCAUGUUUUCACCAUAUUUUUUCCACUCCUGUGAAAGAGUCCCAGGUUUCACAAGAAGGUUUUGAAAUACCAUCAUAUUUGAACAUCGUGUUUAUGAGACUGCAUUAAAAGUAGGGUUACCUUAUAAAUAAUUCUCUUAGAAAAGCUCUUCCGAUGGGGGUUCAGUGUAUGUGGGAUGUCUAAUUUUGGAGCCAGUAAUUUAAUCUUUUAAAUUGUAUUCUAUUUAUUAGCACUCUGCCUCGUUUCGUUAAGACUGGAGGCAGUUGUCAAAACACAAGCGCUCCAGAGCCAAGAGGAGGAAAACAGUGGACAUGGGAGGAGAGAGGGAACUUAGAGCGGAAUGUGUGAGACGCGCAAGCGUAAGAACUCUCAAGGGGUCUGCUGAGUUUUCCAAUGAAGAACACCUUAGAACGCAAUAGGCUUGUCAGUAAUGACAGCCAGGACUGCUACAUGAUAAUAAGUAAUAAAUAAAUAAACCUUUCCCCAUGAGGCAGAGUGUUAAAACAGCACAGACCGCUGACAUCCACAGAGAAGCUCCAAAGCUAGAUUACACUAACUACGUGUACCUAAUGGUUAGUCGAUAUCAAGAAAUACCUGCUGGGCAGUGGUGGCGCACGCCUUUAAUCCAGCACUCGGGAGGCAGAGGCAGGCAGAUCUCUGAGUCAGAGGCCAGCCUGGUCUACAAGAGCUACUUCCAGGCCAGCCAGGGCUACACAGAAAGUCCUUGUCUAGAAAGAAGGAAGGAAGGACGAUAUUAUUGGUGGGGGGAAUGAGUGGAUAAAGGAAAUAAAGGAAAAUAAGCCACCUAUUCAGUAGUUAUCCACAGAGUACCCGUUGUGUGCCAUGGCCUACUCUGAGGCCAUGAUAAGUGGAAGUCCAGUUCUUAAGAAAUAAGAUCUGGAGGACUGGCCAGACAGCUCAGAGGGUCAGAGGCUUGACUAGCAAACCUGAUGGCUUCAGUUCGAUCCCUGGAAGCUGCAUAAACAUGAAAGAAGUGACUCCACAUAUCUGUUCUCCGACCUUCACUUGGGUGUCCUGGGACACACACACACCAUGCAUACACAUUCAGUAAUCAUAAACAAAACUUUCUAAGAAAUCUAUUUAGAACAGUAUCAAAGAUGGCAGGCGGGAUGGAGAUAAGAAUGUGCUUUGGGGCUUCAAUGUGGAAAACACCUCCACACACUGGAGAGAUCAAAGAACACGGUGUACACGCAGCCCGUGGGAGCAGCAGAGCCUUAACAAGGCAGAAACGGAAGAGAGGCAUGCAGAGGACAAGCUAAGAUGCAGACUGUGGCUGAGGGCUGCCCUGAGUUUUGUUCUUUGCCUUCCUCCAGGAAAAGCAAGGAGCUGGGGUGGCUGUCGCUAUAAUUUACGUGUGAUUCACAUGACACAGUAAGAGAGAUGCCAGGAAAGUAGGGGAGGGGUCAGUCACAGCUCGAGUGACAAGCCCACUGGUGCUCUGCGGGUGAGGAAUGCUUGUUAGGGUUGUGGGUGGAUGAGUCAGGCAAGGUUGGACUUGAGAAAACCUGGGCAGUGGUAUCAUUGCCCAGGCAAGGAGCAAACGGGUCACGUACACACAUUUAGCAGAGAAAUGAAAAAGUUCCAUGCUCAAAGCGAGACACUGCUCUUCCUCUCAGAUGUUACAUUCCCUUAGGAAACUGUUAUCAUCUAACAUGCAGACACACAACACAGCUUUUCAACUUUACAGCUUUUGACAAUUCCUUUCAAUGACCAAAUCUAACUUCUGCUUGUAUCUGUCUAAUCUGAAUAGUAAAACCCCUGCUUCUGACUUGACUUAAAUUGAGCUCGAGGCUGGUUUAAACUAGAAGAGAAGUUGAAUGUUGGAAUUAUGAAAAAAAGAAAAUCCCGGGUCUGCCUCUUAGUAAGAGCCAGUCCUGUGCCUCCACAAUGCUACAAAUGCAGCCACUGUUAGAAAACAAGAUUCAGAGAAAUGUCUGUGCAACUGAAAAGGAUUGAGAAAUCUGACACCCUUUGGAUCUUGCUUGUUGGAAAUCACAUUACCAGAGAAUUCCUCUUCGAAAUAUAUAGAAUCAUAAGUAGAAUUUCCAUCUUAAGUAUCCACCUGAAAGACUAGUGGAAAUUGAUGUUCUGUUUGCCGCUGGGCUUUUACAGGGGCCUGGGAAACCCCUGAGACUCAGGCACAGGUUGGUCCACCUUUCCUGCUCAUGUUAGAACGUUCUCUGAUAGAAAGUCAAACGUCAGGGCAUAAGCUGCAGCUAGACCUGGAUCAGUUCCGGGAGUCCUGGGGGCAGCGGUCCACUCUUGGACCCCAACGUCCACAUGGGAGUGCACCAGAGAUGACUUCCAUUUCCCAAGGAGCGGAACGUGGAGGAAAACCAGGAAAAGGUGCUCGCCAUCGUGGUGGGACUUCUCUCCAUUCUCAAACGUCUUUCAAAAAGACUUGUUAAUAAGACAGGCAUUUCCAACCCAUUUUUAUGAAGCCUCCACAGGCCCUUUCCCUGGGUACUUCUUUAACGCCGAUUAUCCGUUUAUCUGCAGAAAGGCCCUUUGGAGACGCAAGACCAACAACAGUAGCCUGACCAUCAGAGUCCACAGUUUCUGUUGACAUUGUUUCAGGCUAGAAACUGCAUCCCAACCCAGAGGGUCCACACCAGCAGGGCCAGAAGGCUGCAUCCUCCAGAACCGUCACUGCAUCUCCAGUUGGUUAAGAGUUCUUGCUGCCGGGCGGUGGUGGCGCACGCCUUUAAUCCCAGCACUCGGGAGGCAGAGGCAGGCGGAUCUCUGUGAGUUCGAGGCCAGCCUGGUCUAGUUCCAGCUAGUUCCAGGACAGGAACCAAAAGCUACGGAGAAACCCUGUCUCGAAAAUCAAAAAAAAGAAAAAGAAAAGAAAAAGAAAACCAAAAAUUAACAAUAACAAUAAUAAUAAAAUAAGAGUUCUUGCUGACCAUAACUACCUGUGACCCUAGCUCCAGGAUGUACGCCCUUGGGCACUACACCCUGCGCACAUGCUCAAACACAUACACAACAUUUUUUUUUUAAAGAAAAAUAAUUCUCUGAAAAAAUAUGGGAUGUCCUCUUUUCCUGUUUUGGGCUUAAAGCCCAAAGAGAUUAGUAAAGGUUUAAAGUCCACCAGAAAUUCAUAUGUAUUCUGCCAUAGCAGCUAGAAUAGUAUUGGAAUCACUCAUUAAUAUAAAUGCAUGGACUCACACAGCCCGAAGGAGACUUCCAAAAAGACGACAUAGGUUUGAAGUCUCCUGACACAGAUGGCUCUAAUCUUGUACUCUUUCUGAAUAUUUAGUGUGUGUUGGUUCAGAUAAGGGAGAAAAAUAGCAUCCUGUUGGGAGCAGGAGGCCAGGAUGGCCGGGACUUUUAUGUUGAAAACCUCCUCUGUGCUCUUUUUUGUUUCUGUCUAGCUUUCCUGGCUUUAACACUGGUAGUACAGGCUAAAGGAAACCUUGGGUCAUGUGAAUAUUGACAGAAGUGCAGACUCUGAAGGGCUGCGUUCGUUCUGGUGUUGGGGUGAUGUCCUGGUCCACGGACAUCCUUCGAGGGCUCUUGGCAGUUGCUGACAGACAGGUUUCGUUUCUAGUCAUGAAGUUGAGAGCUGACACUGGGAAUCAUAAGCCCCUGCUUCCCAAAGCAGAGAUGCUGUUGAUGUUAUAAAAAGCACCUAAAUACCUCAACUAUCUGGGCUGAGAAAAGGAGCUUCAGGCUUUCAAGAGGGCGUCUAAUGUCCUCGCUCCACUUAGUGACAACGUAGUGACUGCCAACAGGACCCGGCAUUCUGCUUCUUCUCACUGUGGGAAAGUAUCAUGACCAUUUAAUUCAUAUCCCAAAGUUAUAAAUACAACCUGUAAAUUCCACUAACCUGUUUCAGUUUCGUUUGGUCCUUAAAAAGUACAACUUGCAUUUUGCAGAUGGUCAUUUCUGGUGUGUUCUCGGCUACUUUCUUUUCCUGUAUGAAAUUGUUGUAUUGUUAAUGUGUUCGUUUUGUGGUUUCAAUUCCCAUUGGUGCACUGUACAAUGGGGCGUUGUAAUGUACCAUGAAGAAAAGGAUAACAUGCAGAUGUACUAUAAAGUGUGUUUUAUUUUCAAAUGACUGUGGUGUUGACAAAUAUUUUGAUUUAUCAAAAUACUAAGGAAAGUUAUAAAUUUACCAAAAUGUGUAUAUUUUAAUAAAUGCAUAAAGCUU